AUUUUCAUCAUAGGUACACUUCAACUAUGAGAGACAAAAUGAGGAAAAAAAUCCAGAAAAUCACAUUGUCUGUCUGAUUUUUAACGAAUUUAUUUGCAAAUUAUGGUGGAAAAUAAGUAUUUGGUCAAUAACAAAAGUUCAUCUCAAUACUUUGUUAUAUACUCUUUGUUGGCAAUGACAGAGGUCAAACAUUUUCUGUAAGUCUUCACAAGGUUUUCACACACUGUUGCUGGUAUUUUGGCCCGUUCCUCCAUGCAGAUCUCCUCUAGAGCAGUGAUAUUUUGGGGCUGUCGCUGGGCAACACGGACUUUCAACUCCCUCCAGAGAUUUUCUAUGGGGUUGAGAUCUGGAGACUGGCUAGGCCACUCCAGGACCUUGAAAUGCUUCUUACGAAGCUACUCCUUCGUUGCCCGGGCGGUGUGUUUGGGAUCAUUGUCAUGCUGAAAGACCCAGCCACGUUUCAUCUUCAAUGCCCUUGCUGAUGGAAGGAGGUUUUCACUCAAAAUAUCAUGAUACAUGGCCCCAUUCAUUCUUUCCUUUACACGGAUCAGUCGUCCUGGUCCCUUUGCAGAAAAACAGCCCCAAAGCAUGAUGUUUCCACCCCCAUGCUUCACAGUAGGUAUGGUGUUCUUUGGAUGCAACUCAGCAUUCUUUCUCCUCCAAACACGACAAGUUGAGUUUUUACCAAAAAGUUCUAUUUUGGUUUCAUCUGACCAUAUGACGUUCUCCCAAUCCUCUUCUGGAUCAUCCAAAUGCUCUCUAGCAAACUUCAGACGGGCCUGGACAUGUCCUGGCUUAAGUAGGGGGACACAUCUGGCACUGCAGGAUUUGAGUCCCUGGCGGUGUAGUGUGUUACUGAUGGUAACCUUUGUUACUUUGGUCCCAGCUCUCUGCAGGUCAUUCACUAGGUCCCCCCGUGUGGUUCUGGGAUUUUUGCUCACCGUUCUUGUGAUCAUUUUGACCCCAUGGGGUGAGAUCUUGCGUGGAGCCCCAGAUCGAGGGAGAUUAUCAGUGGUCUUGUAUGGGUUCCAUUUUCUAAUAAUUGCUCCCACAGUUGAUUUCUUCACACCAAGCUGCUUACCUAUUGCAGAUUCAGUCUUCCCAGCCUGGUGCAGGUCUACAAUUUUGUUUCUGGUGUCCUUUGACAGCUCUUUGGUCUUGGCCAUAGUGGAGUUUGGAGUGUGACUGUUUGAGGUUUUGGACAGGUGUCUUUUAUACUGAUAACGAGUUCAAAUAGGUGCCAUUAAUACAGGUAACGAGUGGAGGACAGAGGAGCCUCUUAAAGAAGUAGUUACAGGUCUGUGAGAGCCAGAAAUCUUGCUUGUUUGUAGAUGACCAAAUACUUAUUUUACCGAGGAAUUUACCAAUUAAUUCGUUAAAAAUCCUACAAUGUGAUUUCCUGGAUUCUUUCCCCCCAUUCUGUCUCUCAUAGUUGAAGUGUACCUAUGAUGAAAAUUACAGGCGCCUCUCAUCUUUUUAAGUGGGAGAACUUGCACAAUUGGUGGCUGACUAAAUACCUUUUUGCCCCACUGUAUAUGAUCGUGAAGAAACUUCCAACAAAACCGUAGUGCUACAUUAAAAAUGUAUAUGAAAUUAUAUAUGUACAGAUAUCUAAUGAAAAGUAGGGGAAAAUAAAAAGGAAUCUGUUAAAUUUUCAAAAAUCAGUAGCUUCCACUCCAGUUUGUAAAUUUAAUAUAUAAUUUCAUAAUAGAUCACAAUAUCUACAGAUACCUCAGAAAAGUGUGAUGUGACAAUUUAUCCUGAUCUCGAUAUUAUAUAAACAUAUCGCCCAGCCCUAUUUUAAGUGUGCAGAGGCUGUUACUGGUGUCAUGGGAUCACUCAAAUACAUUUUGUUUGUAAAUCUGUUUAGUCCAUAAGAAAAGAAACGACUGUCCCAGGACUCUAUAAUGGCUCUCUUAACAUUCCCAGAGUGUGAACCUGUUAUCUGGUGUGAGAGAGAAUUUAGAAAUUUCAGUUCUAUUAUAUUUAGAAAAGGGGCUGGAGAAAACAUUGGUAGCCAUAGCUGAGGCUAACAUCGCCAACAAACGAGCUAGUUCAUAACUACUCUUGUUCUCGCCCACACUUUAUCCUCAUAAUGAUGAUAUUCAGUAGACUACAGCGCGUGUUAAAUUAGAAGUGCAUAAUGAUGUGUUCUCUCUGAAGUGAGGACAUUGUGUACAGCAGCCAGAUGAUGUAGUAGGAUGUUACCAGCACUGUCUAUAUAUUAUGAAGUCAUUGUUAAAGUUAGCUGUACCAGUUGCCUGUUUGUGUUUAUUGGUAGUGCUUUUAAUAAGAGUCAAGCUCCUGAUAGUUUCAAUGAAAUUGGUGUGAAGAUGUGCUUUUGGCUGUUGUUGCUUCUGCCACUAACGGUGGACACAGGACCUCUUGGGAAUGCAGAGACAGAGCUGAACCCAAGCGAAGACUUCCUACCAGUCCAGUCACAGGCAGGACAAAACAGAAGUGAAAGGGAAAAGCAUGUGCCUGCUGUAGGACCUGCCGGUUGCACGCUUUCUCCCUUACAGCAUCUUCUGGAGGACAUGCCACAUGGUGAGGCGAAACAUCACCCUGAUGCACUACGUGAGGUCUUCCUUGCUUUGCAAAAUGGCUGGAAUAAGGACCGUGAUCUGGUGAAGCAGGAAUUAACUCAGUUUGGAUUUUGUUCACAUUAUGGUGUGCAAUAUUCCCAGUUUUCAUCACUAAUGGUGCAGAAAGAGAAUAAUAGCCCAGAAUUUUUGCACAGCAGAAAAGAACUUUGGGAUGUUGAAGAGGAUGGGACUUUCAUAAUGACCCUACACUUUGCAAAGCCUGGGAAAUGUUAUCAACAAACCACACUGGCUUCUAUGAUUCUCCUGUUUUUCAUUGACUCCUGCAACACACAUGAGUUGAAGAUAAAAUUUAGUGGUCAUGUUCUUCAGCCACACAACCAGACUGUGUGUGUUUCUCAGGCAACACGUUUCCUGGUUCUUACAGGAGUUCAGAUAGAGAGCUUCAGUCAUGAGCAUAUAAAACUGAGGAUGGAUGUUCAGCAUGACAGUGGAAAGAAAAUAGGUUUGUCUGAAUUUCAGGCCAUCAUGCAUCGGAAGAACACUAGGUCCAAGAAUACACAGAGACCAGUGAUGCUUUUGUUUCCCAAGAAAUCUGACAGUGAAAAUGUACCUCAUUCAAAUGGAACAUUUCUCUUCUUGUGUGAACUCCGGAAGUUCUUAAAUGAAGUCUCCCCUCAAGGAAAUCCAUUUCUUGCACAAGAUGAGGUCAGGACAAUCAGCCCCAGUGUUCUGCACUCUCUGCCCCCUUUAACUCUUGGAGCAUCUUCAAGUGAGUCCCUUCUUCUUGAGCUGGUUAAUUCCUCAGGCCCAACUGUGUUCUACUUCCCCCGCCAAAACUUGGGACUGAGGACCCACCGAGUGGAGCUGGCCCUAAAGCCAUCAUUGCUUUCUGUCCUGAAAUUAAAACUAGAUGAAGCUUUAGCCCAAGUACGAAUGGAGGACGUCGGACGUGGUGCGAUAGAUAAACUGCAGGUUCUCAGUAUUCUCAGUGCACUUCCUGAAGAUGAAGAGCUGGAAACAGGUUUGGAGAACCAACGUGAGGUCCAGUACAGAGCUCUCUUACUGCUGAAGGCCUUACAGGCUGUGCUGGGUGCUUGGGCAGUAGAAAGAGCGCAGAGGGCAGCCCGAGCUGGCCAGGAAGGACCCACAAGGCUUAGCCAGUGUCACCUUGAGAGUUUCACUGUGUCUCUGGAGAAGUACCUGUUGGAACCUUCCACGGCCAACAUUAACAACUGUGAAGGAGCAUGUGGUUUCCCCCUGAUCAAUGGUAACAACCAUGCCAUCCUAUUGAACAGCCACAUCCAGAGUGGACAGCCUCUAAACCGCACACUCUGCUGUGUACCCGUGGCAUAUGAUGACCUGUGUGUGAUUGAGCUGAACAGUGAUUCCACCACCAUUUCUUAUAAGACCAACAUGGUAGCCAAGGAGUGUGGAUGUCGCUGAUAUCAGAGCGCACACAUACAUUCCAUUAUAUAUGAUAAAGAUGCCUCAUACAUUACCUUACAUUUCAUUUAUUUUUGGAAGUGCAUACUUUUCUCAAAAAAAAAAAUGCAGAACUGUAAGUUACUGUUAUACUGUUAGACAUGCAGGGCAUAUCCAAUCUGUCAAUCAGAAGAAAGUGUCCGAAGCACAGGUGUGCAAAACCCAGAGCAGUGACAUUUACAUCUUCUGAAAGUAAAAUAUCUUGUAUUCUGUUUCUGGCACACACUGAUAUGGUCUAAAGUUCAGUUUCUGCUUUCUGAGGUGAAUGAUGUAAACUUUACAAGAGUAAUAUUGUUUCAGACUUUUUCCAAUGCAGAAGUUAGAUGUACUCAUUAGACAAUCCCAGAAGACUUUUUGCUAAACCAUUUUAGCAUGUAUGAUAAGUCAACAUACCAAAAUAAUGAUGCAAUAAUUAUCCAAGGCUACAAUGAGCUAUUUAUAAAUGUCAGCACGGUUCUUCCUUGUAAUCAAUAGUUGAUUUAUAUUCAAAUUUAGUCCCAUCAUUGCUUGUGCAUGAGAGAUCAGCAAUAAACAAAAAUAUCAUGCUGUCCUUAUUCAAGAUGUAAUGAUUUAUGACGGUUAUAUUUCUUGGUUUUGCUCUUUGUAUUAAGUUUUUUAAGCUCCUCUUCCCUUCCAGUUCCCUCCAAUUUUUCAUUGACUCUUGACAAAUUUAAUUCUUUUCUUUUAAGAGUCUCUCAGGAAUUUCUCUCUUCCGGGCUCCUUUGGACACAGGCCUUUCUCCAGGUUGCGUGGCUGCUUUCUUUUUGCUAAACUGUUCAAUUUCUUCAUCUUCUCCCCAAUUCCAAAAUACUAGACUGUCCCACCACGAUGCUUCAAACUGGAAAAGGAAACAAAAAAACCCAGAGGAUUUACUAUAAACCUCUGAAUUUCAGGUUACUGAUAGGCAAGGGUGGUUUAUAAUACCUCAUCCUGGACAUCUGUAUCUUCUGCCACUUCGAAAAAAGGCUCUAAUGUCUCUAAAAACACAAGUAAUUGAUUUUUUUAAAGAUACUAUGAAAUCUUAAAAGUUAGAGAAAAUGUCUUGAUCAGUAAGACACCUUGAUCAGAAAAUCACUCACCUUGUACUAAUUCAGCUCCAGAGCUGAGCACCACAAUGGCCAUUGCCACCAAUAUGCAGCGGUUGAGGCUGAUUCCAUUCCAUGGGUUUUCCACCUCACGCAAAGACUUAAUGGAUAGAAUCCGCCUGUACUUCCCUAUGGGAUGAAAAAAACUUUAUACAUUCACUGUCCACUUUAUUAGAAACAACUAUACACCUGGACAUUCAUGAAAUUUUCACUUAAUCAAGGUGACAUCAAAUUUCAGAAUGGGGGGGGGAGGAAUGUGAUCUCUAAUUUUGACCAUGGCAGGUGGCCUGGUUUGAGUAUUUCAUAAACUAAUGAUCAUUAGGGAUUUUCACACACAACAGUCUAUAGAGUUACACAGAAUGGUGUGUAAAAAAAAAUCAUUCAGGGCACAAGCUCAUCCAAAUGGGACAGUUGAAUUUUGGAAAAAGACCAAGUUUGUCCAGUAUUCAGCUGUGCAGUUUGAGUGAGCCUCUGCAAACUGUACAAGCCUCACAUUCCUGUCCUCAGCUGACAGGAAUGGAAAACAACAUGGUCUUCUGCAGCUUAUCCAGCUCAAGGUUUGGUGUGUUGUACAGUACUUUCUUCUGUUCUUUUUAGAUGUUCUUCUGCUCAUCAUGGUUGUAAAGAGUGUUUGUUUUUUGAGUUAUCAUAGACUUUCUGACCACUCUUAACACAAAAUAAGUGACUUUUGCACCCUUCCCCAGGCUGUUGUGUGUGAAAAUCCCAAAUGUUUCUGAAAUACUCAAACCAUUUGGGACCAACAAGCAUGUCAGAGAUCACACUUUCCCCCCUUUUAUAUUUGAUUAAUGGAAGCUCAGAAUUCUGCAUGAUUUCACCACAUGACUGGCUGAUCAAAUACAGUAACUGCAUGAAUACACAGUAAUGCAAGGGUUCUUAUUAAACUGAUGAGUGAGUGUAUAAGUGUGAAUAACCAUCACAUUUACACAUAACAUCCUUAGGUUCCUAAAUAACAAGUAAUUCUCCUUGGCUAAGAAUCACUGGUGGGUGUGUUUUUUGUUUGUUUGUUUGUUUUGUUAUGCCUCCGCCACCUUAAGGUGCAGGAGGCAUUAUGUUUUCGGGUUGUCCGUGCAUGCGUCCGUCCCGAAACCUUGUGAACACGAUAUCUCAAAGGCUGAUGAAAGGAAUUUCACCAAACUUUCGCCAUUUGUGCGCUUUGGGACAAAUAUGAACUGAUUAGAUUUUGAGGUUAAAAGGUCAAGGUCACUGUGAGGUCAAAUGUCUGUCCGAGAACCUUGUGAGCACAAUAUCUCCAAGGCAAAUGAAAGGAAUUUCACCAAACUUUCACCAUUUCUGCAUUUGGGGACAAACAUGAACUGAUUAGAUUUUGAGGUUAAAA